AUGAAACUGUCUUCCCACUUGCAGAUGCUGCAGGUUCUUCUGCCGUUGGUGGAUUUGGAAGGCUCCGGCGACGAUGAACUCGGCGAAGAAAAUAGUACUAGCAUGAGAGGAAGAGAUCUGAGAAUGCGCAAUCCUAGAUACGCUCACCGGAAAACCAGAUCUAUGUCGUCUCGUUAUGGUUGUGAUGCAGAGCUUUGUGAUAUUGUUAGCCAGUUUAUGAAUAGUAAGGUUCCUCGAUUCCUCAAACAGGUGUGGUGGUUGUUUCACCCAAGCAGGGAAAUGCCUUGUAAUUAUUUUUCGAGACUUGGUGGCACAUUACAGCAGGGAGGGAGGAGAUCAAUAUCGGGGCAAGAUGUUGGAGUCCAAGCUCAGAUAGAAGUUUUGACUGGCCUAGGGAAAUCUUUGCUUGGCAACUCAAGAAUGACCUAUACUGUGCCCACUGAAACAUUUACUAACCAGCAUGUUUUUGUGCAACCUCGCAUGGUUGCUGCUGCUCAGGCAAAUUUACAUACUGUCAACCGGAUAAAGAAUCUUCCAGUUUUUGGAGCAGUUUCUAGUGCACGUUCAUUUCCGUCUUUGUCAGGACCUUCAUUUCACGUUUGUGGGUAUCACGUGGAUUGUCAUCUAUCAGAGCCUAGUCAGGUUAUGGUGGGAGUCAACCCGCAAAAGGUAUUUAUGGCUGUCUGUGGAUCUAGAUUAUUUCUCGCAGACUGCUCUACAAGUAAUCUGAUUUCCAGGCGUGUGCAACCUGGUGUGGCAGCAUAUCAUUCUUUCACUUGCAGCACAAGAAGCUCUGGAAAUUAUAGAAAAGCUAGCAUGAGUUUCAGGAGUAAAGAACAGCCUAAUAAUUUCUUGAUUUAUGGAUAUUUCACUCACAGUGUUGUGAAGAAUCCACACCGAAAAUUUGGGUUCGAGGGCUUCCACAUCUCAGUAUGCUUCUCUGCUCGCUCUGCUCCUGAUAUGUCCAUAGAUAACUCAGUGUGUCAGGAACAACAUUCAAGUUUUGCCGAGUCCUCCAAGCUGGAGAUCCCAACAGGCAGAACUCUGAAACUAAAUUCGGGAUCAUGCUAUCUGCCCCAUCCUGAAAAAGAAGAAACUGGUGGAGAGGAUGCUCAUUUUAUUUGUAUGGAUGAACAAGCCAUUGGGGUAGCUGACGGUGUUGGUGGAUGGGCUGAUCCUGAUGUUGAUUCAGGACAUUAUGCUCGUGAGCUCAUGUCCAAUUCUGUUUAUGCAAUCCAAGAAGAACGAAGUGGUUCCAUUGACCCAGCCAGAGUCCUGGAGAAAGCUUACAUAAGAACGAAAUUCAGAGGGUCAUCUACUGCUUGUAUUAUUGCUCUCACAGAGCAGGGUCUUCAUGCCAUUAAUUUAGGGGAUAGUGGGUUUAUGGUGGUUAGAGAUGGCUGUAUGGUUUUCAGAUCCCUAGUUCAGCAGCAUGAGUUCAAUUACCCGUAUCAGCUGAAGAGUGGUAAUGGUGGAGAUUUGCCUAGCUCUGGACAGGUGUCUAUCAUUUCUGUUGCUCCAGGAGAUGUUAUCAUUGCUGGGACUGACGGGCUGUUCGACAAUUUGUAUAACAAUGACAUUAUUACUGUAGUGGUUCAAGCUGUGAGAUCAGGAUUAGGGCCUCAGUUUGCAGCACAGAAGAUAGCAGCAUUGGCACAUCAACGAGCACAGGACAAAGACAGGCAGACACCAUUUUCUGCUGCAGCCCAAGUAGCAGGGUUCCGAUAUAAUGGUGGAAAGCUUGAUGACAUCACUGUAGUGGUUUCAUAUAUUACCAACAACGACAAAGAAAGCCUUGGUUGCUCUAGUUAG